CUGUUCCCAGUCAGUGGUGGGGCGGCGCCAUGCUGAGGCAGAGAUGCCUGGGCCAUAUAAAGCAGAGCCCAUGCCCUCGGCUGAAGCCAGACCCCAGUGGUAGCGGUGGCAGAGCAGAGACUCAGGUGACACUCCAUGUGUGGGACUGCCGCUCAUACGGCGGGACAGCAGGACAGCGGGACAGCUGCAGCUCGACUCGGAGAGAGGCCCGGGGGAGACGCAAGCAGAGGAAUCAGCUAUGGCAGAUGGCAGCCAUAUUGACGAACUGAUGGAGCUGACAGCCCAGAGCUUAAGCCACCUUGAGAUCAGUGAGCAUUUCAACAUCAUCAAAGAAAUUGGCCGUGGAAAAUAUGGCAAAGUGUUGCUGGUUACUCAUCGCUGCAAAGGUACCCCAAUGGCCCUGAAAGUCAUGCCAAAGACCUCUACCAAGCUGCAAGGCUUUCUGCGAGAAUACUGCAUCUCACUGCAGCUGUCCUGCCACCCCUGCAUCGUAGGGCUCUUUGGAAUCGCCUUCCAGUCUGCAGAGCACUAUGGAUUUGCACAAGAGUUGGUGAUAGGGAGGGACCUGUUUGCUGUGAUUCAACCGCGGGUGGGCAUCCCAGAGGGGGCCGUGAAGCGCUGUGUGCUGCAGGUAGCCAGUGCGCUGGAGUUCAUCCACGAGCACGGCCUGGUGCACCGUGACAUCAAGCCCGAGAACAUCCUGCUGUCGGAUCGCCACUGCUGCCGGGUCAAGCUGGCCGACUUCGGUCUAUCCCAGAAGAGGGGAACACUGAUCCGCUUCAUCUCAGGCACCUUACCCUACAUGGCCCCGGAGCUGUGUGCGAUGACCUUGGAAGCUGGGCAGAAGGCUCCCAGAGCUGCCCCGCUGAGUGUAGAGCCAAGCCUCGACACCUGGGCCUUUGGUGUGCUCAUCUUCUGUAUCCUCACAGGCUUUUUUCCAUGGGAGCACUGCACCGCAUCUGACGACUUUUACCAGGAGUUCGCCGAUUGGUGCCAAGAACCCGCCGGGGCUGCAUUACCAUCUCAAUGGAAAAGAUUCACACCAACCUCAAUGGAAAUGUUCAGCAGGCUGCUGGCGCUAGAUGCUAAGACAAGGUGUAAGGUGACUGAGGUGAGAGCCUAUUUGAAUGCAGACUGGGUGAGGACAGUACCCCCUGAUGGACAGACAGUAGAUCAUACCAUGAUCAAGGCUAGGUCGACCCUCAAUGUGUCCAGGAGCAGCCCAGUAACGGUAGAGGUGGAAUAAAGAAUCUCGAUAACUAAUUAUUUGGUAAUUAAGCUUAAUUAUUAGUUUUUAGUUUAUUAAUAAAAGAAGUUCAUACAUCAAAGUAUAUUUAAAAAAUAAUGUAUAGUUCUUAAUACCACUGGCUUGCUGUUUAGAGAGCGUAUUGCAAUUUAGAAAUGAUAUUUUUGUUAUCUUCAACAUACAUCAGCCAUAGCAUCAAAACCACAAGCCUCAUUGUGUACGUCCCUCAUCAUGCCACCAAAACAGCUCUGACCCAUCGAGGCAUGGACUCCACAAGACCUCUGAUGGUAUCUGACACCAAGACAUUAUCAGCAGAUCUGUUAAAUCCUAUAAGUUCCUAGGUGAAGCCUCCAUGGAUCAAAUUUGUUUUUUCAGCACAUUCCACAGAUGCUCGAUCAAAUUGAGAUGUGGGGCACUUGGAGGCUAAGUCAACACCUUGAACUUUUUUUUCCUCAAACCAUUCAUGAAAAAUUUUUGCAGUGCGACAGGGCAGAUUAUACUACUGAAAGAGGCCACUGCAGUCGGGGAAUGCAGUUGUCAUGUACUUGGUCUGCAACAAUGAUUAGGUAGGUGGCAUCCAAAUGAAUGUCAGGAUCCAAGAUUUUCCAACAAAACAAGACCUCCGGCUUGCCUUCUUCCCAUAGUGCCUCCUGGUGCCGUCGCUUCCCUAGGUACAGUAAAUGAUGUACACACACUCAGCUGUCCACCUGAUGUAACAGAAAAUGUGACUCAUCAGACCAGGCCACCUUCUUCCAGUGCUCCAUGGUCCAGCUCUGAUGUUCACAUGCCCAGCAGGCAAGCUGCGAUGCACUGUGUGAUCUGACAUCUUUCUAUCAUAGCCAGCUUCUCAGAAAAUUGUGCUAUAGUGGUUCUCCUGUGGACUGGGAGCCAACAGGCUAGUCUUUGCUCCCUACACGCAUCAAUGAGCCUUGGGUGCCCAUGGUAUUACUACUGGUUCACCAGUUGGCCUUCCUUGGUACAUGUUUGGUAGGUACUAACCACUGUAUACCAGGAACACCACACAAGACCUGCAGUUUCGGCGAUGCGCUGACCCAGCCGUCUAGCCGUCACAAUUUGACCCUUGUCAAAUUCACUCAGAUUCUCACACUUGCCCAUUUUUCCUGCUUCCAACAUAUCAGGUUCAAAAACUGACUGUUUACUUUCCCAGUAUAUAAUGGCUCCCUUGACAAGUAUCAUUUUAACCAGAUAUUCAAUGUUAUUCACUUCACCUGUCAGUGGUUUUAAUGUUACGGCUGAUCAGUGCAAAACAUUUUGUUUAAUAAUACUCAUUGUAACAAUUGUAGCAUUGUCAAUAAAAAUGGCUUAAGAAACUUAAA